GGGCUUUUCUUAAGGCGGGACCUAAGGUUUGCUGGCGCCAGCUCUCGCAACUUACCUGGGCUCAGCACAGUUUGAUCCGGGGAGCCUUAAAUGAGUGCAGCAGGAGCCAGGAACAGGUCCUUGGAGCUCUCGUGAGCAGGUUAUAGCUCUGGGGCAGAAGUGAGAAGCCAGAGGGAAACCACUGGACUCACUGCUCCGUCAUGUCCAGCUCCCUGCUGGCUGGAGGUCACAUGGUCAGCUUGACUACCCAUGAGGAAUCCAGGAUGGCCCUGCACCCGAGCUCCGGCCCUGGCCUCCCAGCACUGUGUCCUUACUACACCACAGAAAGCUGGGGAGCCCAGCCUCUGAUGGCCCCCACACCCUGCAAAGGCACCUCCAGCAGGUUCCAGCAGGCCCAGCAAGCAGAAGCCAAAGCUCAGUGCCUCCUGCAGCACCCUGGGGAGCAGGCCUCAGGGACCUCCCAAGACAUGGACUCCUGCAUUGACUUCUCGCUAGAGACCCUCAACCAGAUGAUCCUGGAACUAGACCCCACCUUCCAGUUGCUUCCCUCUGCGACUGCUGGUCCCCAGGCUGAGCAUGCCAGUGACGUCGCCUCAAGGAGCAAGAAGGAGGAACCUGAAGCCUUAGAUAUAAAGUACAUUGAAGUGACCUCCACCAGAUCAAGGUGCCUCGAUGGUCCCCAACGCUGUUCCAGCCCAAGUGUCACUCCACUGUUUGGCUCCCCACGUAAUGGCAGCCUCCUGUUCUCCAGAGACAUGCCCCGAGAGACUCGAAGCAGCAGCGAGAGCCUCAUCUUCUCUGGGAACCAGGGCCGGAGCCCCUCUCCCCACACGACAUCUUCCCUUAGCAACUCCAGCUCUUGCCGGGAAAGCAGAGCCUCAGGCUCCCCACUGGCGACUCCUCCCAGUUGGGAGAAAGGGCUGAAGGCCCCACAGCGGGGCAGCAGGGUCUCUGUGCUGUCAGCCAGCCCUGCAUCAGAUGUCAGCUAUGUGUUUGGAAGCAGUCAGUCUCUCCGCCACUCAAGCCUCUCCAGCUGUCAGUCAUCUUCCAGAUCCUUGGGAAGUCCAGCCAGCUCCUCUUCCAGCCUCCACAGCCUGGACCGAGGGUCCCAGUACGUGAGACCUACUGAUGGCCAGUCUCCCAGCAACCCCAUGCCGAACAUGGGCCAUCCCCAAGCAGCCCACUGUCCUCCAGUAGCCAAGGAGCAGGCCAGUAGCUGCCCCCCGUCUGUCACCAACUCUAUGGUAGACAUACCCAUUGUGCUAAUCAAUGGGUGCCCUGAACCACAGUCUCCCCCAGCCCAGCGGACACCAGGACACCAGGGCUCUGUCCAACCUGGGGCUGCAUCUCCCAGCCACCCCUGUCAGACCAUCAAGAGCCACAGCCAGACUCUACCAGAUGGUCCUCUCACUGCAUCUCCAGAGGGUCCUGCCAAGGACAUACAGCCCACCAUGAAGUUCGUGAUGGACACAUCGAAAUACUGGUUUAAACCAAGCAUCAGUCGAGAGCAAGCAAUCGAUUUGCUGAGGAAGGAGAAGCCAGGCGCUUUCGUCAUCAGGGACAGCUCCUCCUACAGAGGCUCCUUCGGCCUUGCCCUGAAAGUACAGGAGACAUCAGCAUCUGCCCCAAACCGACCAGGUGAGGACAGCACCGACCUUAUACGUCACUUCUUGGUUGAGUCUUCAGCCAAAGGGGUGCAUCUGAAAGGAGCCGACGAAGAGCCCUACUUUGGGAGCCUCUCCGCCUUCGUGUGCCAGCACUCCAUCAUGGCCCUGGCCCUGCCCUGCAAACUCACCAUCCCACAGAAAGAACUAGGAGGUGCAGAACCAGCCUCAGACUCUCCCACACAUGGCCAGGCCUCUUGCCUGAAGAUGUCAGCUGGUUGCCACUCGCUGUACCUGAGCUCUGUGAGCAUGGAGACCCUGAGCGGAGCCCUGGCUGUGCAGAAGGCCAUCUCAAUCACGUUGGAGAGGGAUGUCCUCCCCACACCUACUAUGGUCCAUUUCAAAGUCACUGAACAGGGCAUCACUCUGACAGAUGUCCAGAGAAAGGUGUUUUUCCGACGCCACUAUCCACUCACCACCCUCCGCUUCUGUGGAAUGGACCCUGAGCAACGGAAGUGGCAAAAGUACUGCAAGGCUUCCAGGGUCUUUGGGUUUGUGGCCAAGAACCAGACAGAGCCACCAGAGAACGUGUGCCACCUCUUCGCAGAAUACGAUGCAGACCAGCCGACUUCUCAGGUCAUUAGCCUGGUGACUGCCCUGCUCCAGGACACAGACCGGGUAUAGGAGAUGGGAGUUGCCUGCGUACCUUCCCUCACAUCUCAAGAGGCUUGCCCUAGACAUGGAGCUAUGGUCACAUUGACAGACCUGACUGCCGGACCUGAGGAUUGAUCAAGUUGAAACAUUUGGACCUGCUGUAACAUUGAACAGUAACCUUUACCCAGAUCUUGGACCUCAGGCUCUUCAGUUACAGAAAGAGACCAUCCACAAGAAGGUCGUUCCUUGGAGGCUCAGCUGGGACUCUUUAGUGUGUUUCUCCAUGCUGCUGAAGCACUCACGCCCAAGACUUCCUGAGUAAACAUCACCUGGCUUUAUUAGCUUCAAUCUACAUGGCAGGUUGAGCCAGAGACCUAGGACCCCUACCUUGUGGCAAACGGCAGAUGCCAGGUCAGAACCCGUUAAGUUGCUUGGCUGGAAGCUGUGAUGACGCAUGCAGUGUGGGGACAGGUCCAGUUUCCCUCACACCUGUUCCUUCCCUAUAUUUGCUGAGGAGCCACCGGCCUAGGGUUCUUUUCUUUUCAAGGGAUUGGAAGGUUUGGGGGCUGAGAAUGCAACUCGGUUGGUAGAGUGUUUGCCUGACAUGAAUGAAGGCUGGGCUUGAUCACCAGCAUCACCCACCAGGCACAGGUGAAUGCUUAUAAUCCCAGCACUGAGAGGCAGGAAGAUCAAAAGUUCAGGGUCAUUCUUAGCUCCACAAGGAAUUUAGGUGAGUCUAAGCUGCAUGAGACCCUGUUGAGAGAAAGAAGCAGACAGAGAGAGAGAGAGAGAGAGAGAGAGAGAGAGAGAGAGAGAGAGAGAGAGAGA